UUCGUUUCGCAUCAGCAGCGUAUUAACUAGGCUUUAUGUGUACUGUGAUAAAAGCCGAUAAUUUGAUAGUGUAAACCAUAUAAGGUCAUAAAAUGAUAUUUUGGCACCACUUUUAAAACUAUUUUGGCUUAACUUUUAUUUCUACAACAUCUUGAUGAACUCAACAAAACAAGGCCACAAUAAACAUAAACAUCAAAGCGGCAAAGAAUGGAAAAAUAAAAAUGGAUACGGCAAACUGCGAAGCAUUUAAUUUCUUAUAUAUUUCACCCGAUAAAAAUGAUGACAUUCAAGAAUUCAUUAAGAUUGCAGCAACAUUAAUAAAACAAAAUAAAAAAGUUCUCCUAUUCACUCGUCAACAUGUUGAUAUGAUGCCGGCUUUAGCCGGUUUGAAUAAAGAGCAGAUGCAACAUUUUAUCAUUUCAUAUCAUUCAGAUAUAAAUACUAUCAUUGGAAAACUAUUAGAACUUCACGAUUGGACAAUUUUGCCUGAUUUCGUUGUAUUAAAUUUGAAUUCAUUCUACAAUCCUUCAAAUGAUGAGGACGAGAAUGGUCAUCCCAAAUUUGAUAAAGUAUGCUUUUGUAUCUCAACAUUGCUAAAUUAUAUGCGUUUUUUGAAGACAAAGAAAUGUUCAAAAAGUGUGGUACUUUUAAAUUCAAAUCGAGAUGUGAAAGUACAGCUUUUAAUUGAUUUUUAUUUUUAUAAGAUGGCAGCAUUCAAUGAGAUCGCCGCGUUACAAAAUAAAGUUUUGAAUUAAAAAAAAUAUAGCCAAAGGCCAGAGCAUAAAGGUCUCAAUUUAAAAAAAAAUUAGAAAAAAAAAAAAAUCCAUAGAGUAUACCUAGACCAUAGAGUAUUAUUAUAAGAAUCAUACAUUUUAUUUAAGAUAUACAUAACUUAUUUUAUAAAUUAAUAUU